UCUGCAUCACAUCCCUAGCUUUUAUUGUUUGCUGACGCCGAAUAACAGAUUGUAUUUUUUUUGUUAUCUUUAUCUUCUGCGUAAAUUAGAUUGAUUUUGUGUUAUUAUGAUUAAGUGUUAAUUGACUGUUUGUGUUUUGGAAACAAUGCGUUAGAAAAAAUAACAGGUGUAGCGAAACUUGACGUGAAAAUAAACUAACUCAUUUGUGACAAAGCCCAAAAUGGUGGAUAUGUUAGACCCGUUGUCGCCUAGCGUGAACACGGCUCGGAGUCCCGGGUUCAUUCACAAAUUGAGACAAAGGAUUGGCAGCGGUGGACUGAACAGAACAUCUGAAGGUUAUGUGGAGUUCGGAGAGUUCAGGUCCGAAGUCCCGGGUAUCAAGAAGGUGGGCACAUUCGCCGGAGUGUUCUGUCCGGUCGUGCUGUCCAUGUUCAGUGCCCUGGUCUUCAUUCGGAUGGGUUAUUUGGUCGGCAACGCGGGUUUACUCGUGACCUUGGGACAGUUUGGCCUGGCGUAUCUCAUAGUAGUGUUCACUGUGACGUCAAUAUGUGCCAUUUCCACCAACGGCGCCGUGGAGGGGGGCGGGGUCUAUUUCAUGAUCAGCCGGACCCUGGGCCCGGAAUUCGGGGGCGCUAUCGGCACGCUGUUCUUCUUCGCAAACGUGGUUUCCAGCGCGCUGUGCAUAUCUGCGUGCACCGAAGCGCUGGUGGAGAACUUCGGGACUAAUGGAUACCUGGUCGGCGCUCACGAGGGUAUCCCGGACGGCUGGUGGUACCGUUUCUUGUACCGGUCUGUCCUCAACGCCGUGGGUUUGGCCGUCUCCUUGGCCGGGGCAUCACUGUUCGCCCGCACCAGCCUAGCUAUAUGGGUGACCAUGCUCGUCUGUUUGUCCAGCGCGUUCCUCAGCUUCCUCAUCACGCCACCAGCUCAGAUAGACAGACCCGACUCUAAUCACCUGGUGAACACCACCAACUUCACCUACACUGGUCUGAGUUCGGAGACUUUAUAUUCGAACCUGUACCCCUCGUACGGGCGGGACUACACCACCAGCGGCGGGGAGAUGGUGGAUUUCGCGUCCGUGUUCGGCGUGCUGUUCACGGGGGUCACCGGGGUCAUGGCCGGGGCCAACAUGAGCGGUGAGCUCAAAAACCCAGGUCGCAGCAUCCCAGCGGGCACUAUAGCGGCGUUAGUGUUCACGUUCAUAUCUUACGUGGCACUCAGCGUUCUCACCGCCGCGACAUGUUCCCGGGACUUGUUGCAGAACAACUAUGUUUAUCUGCUGCCUGUCAAUAUCUGGCCGCCUUUCAUAGCUGUCGGCAUGUUGAUGGCGACAUUCUCCGCUGGGCUCUCGAAUUUGAUCGGCGCUUCGAGAGUUUUGGAGGCGCUUGCGAAAGAUAACAUUUUUGGAUUCCUGCUGCGCCCCAUGGUCUCCAGGUCUGGCAACCCGAUUGUAUCAGUGCUGGCGUCGUGGCUGCUCGUCCAAAUCGGCAUUAUGGCCGGCUCCCUCAACGCCAUCGCUCAGGUGAACUCAGUUCUCUUCAUGACGAGUUACUUCGCAAUAAAUCUGGCGUGCCUCGGACUUGAUUUGGCAUCUGCACCUAAUUUCAGGCCGACGUUCAAGCAGUUCUCGUGGUUGACCUCCCUGCUCGGCCUGUGCGGCUGCGCAGCGCUAGUGUUCGCGCUGCGGCCGCUGUACGCGUGUGGAGCCGCGUUAGCGUGCACGUCACUCGUGCUGGCGCUCCACCUGCUGUCGCCCGCCGCCGCCGACCCCAAGUGGGGGAGCCUCAGUCAGGCGCUGAUAUUCCAUCAGGUCCGAAAAUACCUGUUACUAUUGGACCCGCGGCGAGAACACGUGAAAUUUUGGCGGCCGCAAAUGUUACUGCUGAUAGCUUCCCCGAGGCAGUCCGCGCCGCUCAUCGACUUCGUUAAUGAUCAGAAGAAGGGCGGUUUGUUUGUUAUCGGUCACGUGCGAGUGGGACAACUAGAUGGUAAUGGUGACCCCUUGGCCGAGGAACACAAGUAUUGGUUGAAGCUGAUUGAUCACCUAAAAGUCAAGGCUUUCGUGGAAUUGUGCCUCGCCGAGAGCGUAAGAAGUGGUGCCGCCCAUCUGACCAGACUGUCAGGGCUGGGCGCCAUGAAACCCGACACAGUGUUACUGGGUUUCCGAGACACCGCCACGCCCAGGGAUUUCUUCAGAGACCCCACAUCGCCGUAUAAAACGGACUUAUUCGAUUUGGAAACUGGAGAGACAUUGUUUCCUAUCCGACGCGGGGACACCGCCAGUAUAUCGGCCACUGAGUAUGUACAGGUGGUGUCAGAUGUUCUCUGCGUCAAUAAGAACGUGGGUUUGUGUCGAAACUUCCAUCUAUUGGACAUGGCGGCUGUUGAAAGAAAAUCUCCAACUCUAAAAUACAUAGACGUAUGGUUAGUCGAAGUUCUUCGUCCGUCUUGCGAAGAAGCUUUCACAGUCCGAGCGCUGUUCGCGCUGCAGCUGGCGGCCGUGGUGAGAUCCGCGCGCGGCUGGCAGCACCUGCGGCUGCGGGUGCAUGCUGUGGCCGCGCCGCCCGGGGCCUCGCACACCACCAUACAUGAAGCAGGCCGCACCGUGACAGUGGGAGCGGACACGGACCCGGGCGUGGGCGCCGUGGGGGAGGGCCGGCCGGUCCAGGAGCGGCUGGACCAGCUGCUCAAGCUGUUGAGGAUACACGCUUCUACACAUAGCGUGACAGACUGGCCGUGUCUAGACAACUCGGCGAGCUGGUCCAGCGAUCUCAAUUCCGACCAGAACAGCAUAUAUCAGAGGGUGUCGCUCAGUUAUUUGCAGACUGUCAACAACAUAAUCUCCCGUCGUUGCUCGGAGGGCGCAGCUGUUACGUUUGUACAGCUCCCCCCGCCGCCGGUACUGUCUUCAGUGCCCACGCCCGCCGACCACGCCAUCUGUCUGCAGUAUCUUAGAAUAUUAGACGAGUUCACGAAGAAUUUAUCGCCGACCAUUCUGGUGCGAGGCCUCAAGUCUGUCACAUCAACGGCUUUAUAAUGUAGGCUGUUUUAAUUAAGACAUAUACUCAAUUUUUUUAAUUAACUAUUUUAAAAUCACUAUCGUUGGUUCCUGGACUGAAUUUAGGCUGAAAUUUGUGAGCUUCGGUUUUCGAAUCGGUAAGGUGAGUGGUUAAAAUCCAUAAAGCACAGGUUCAAAACCCACCUCGGCCGUGUACCAAUGACUAUUUUCAAAGUUAUGUACAUUAGUUUGAAUACUAACCGAUGCUCUUACGGUGAGGUAAUAACCUGCAGAUUCAGGCAACUGGAUGUGUAACCAUGGAUCCUAUACGGGUUAGGUUUACCUGCAAAGGUUGCGGAGGUCAGAUGGGAGUCGUUUCGUGUAAAAACCUGUCUCACUCUAUCUAGGGGAUCCAUGGUCAAAGGCAUACCCCGGGCUCUUCUUCAGAGUGGUGAGGAUGCAACCGGGACUAAAGCCAGGAGGAAGAAGAAUAAGUAUAUAGUGUUACCUGCGCAGUGGUUAACUGCAAAUGGAAGCGCACUGCCACUAAUAUUACGAACUGCCUUAAACUAAUUUUACAAAAUUUCAAAUAAUGACCCAAUGAGCGCAUCCCUUACAAUAAUAGCCUUUUGAAAAAAUCACAUGAAUCUUAGUCUCAUAAUUGGUUUUCACAAAAAUCUUAGCUAAACUUUCAGGUAACGUUGCUUAUUGGAAAGACCUAAAGUUAUAUGCAAUUUUUAUAUAUGGAACAUAUGGCCUAUAUAUAUAAAAGGCGUCUAUUUUGAUAUUUAAACAUUGGUACUAUAUAAAACAUAUCAUGUAUAAAAUAAGUAGUUUUAAAUCCCCGUUUUAUGUAAGUUUGACGUAUGUCUGCCUACGUGUGUGUAUGUCUUAGUAUGGCAUAGCAGUUACCCAACGGAUGAACCGAUUUUGAUUGUUUUCUUGUAAGUGAUUAAGUAGAGAAUGUUCUUAGUUAUACAUUUUUUUUAAACCUGACCUUUGAUAUUUUGAAUUUUAUUUAACUAAUGUCUAUGUAUAAUCUAAUUUAGAUGUAUAUUCAAAAUGUAGCGGGUAAGGUGUAUUAAAAAUAAACAUAAUUUAGUUUAAGUAUUAUAUUGAUAAAUUAUAAUCAAAGUGGACCAAACAUUUUUAAUAAACUUGUGUUUCUUAGGUUAUAAUAUUCCUAUUUCUUUAAAUUGUAUCUUUUAAAUAUAUAACAAACCGUCAGAUGGUGCCUGUUUUAUCAGUUAAGAGACUCAAAAUGUUGAACCGAGUUCAUUUGUGCAAGUCGUCACCACUAGAUGGCGCUGAUUAAAUCACACAAAUUUUAUCUUUUUAAAAAUUCGCGUUCAUUUGCUCGACGAAAACGAACGAACUAAUAAAACUCGCACUAAAACCCCGCUGAUGGAGACUUUUUAAGGACUAUUAACUCAAUUUAUAUUAUGAUAUUAUUGACUCGAAAUUGUCAUUAGUUAUUUAGUUAGCUUAUAUAGUAUUAUUGGAUCUGCUGGACAGAAUUUGAUAAAGUUUACAACGAGAGCUAAUAUCAAGAUGAAUAAACAUAUAAUUUUUAUAGGACACUUUUGACAUUGAGAAUAUAAGUUAUUUUUUUAAUUACAAUAAUGAAUCACCACUGACCAUUUAACCUUAAAGCAGGGCUUGUUAACGUUACCAAAUUAACACUAAAAGUAACGGUAAAUAACGAUAUUUUCAAAAAGUUAUGACUGAUACCGUUAAAGACGUGAUAUAGGCAAUGUUAUUUUAUAACGUUAUAAUAUAACGAUAUUAAAUUAUCUUAUAUAUCGUUACCAAUUAAUUUUAACAAUAACGCUACCAAUUAACGUUAUUUAUAUCGAUACCAAAGCAUUGAUUUGUUCUGUUAAUUUACGAUAAACAGUCUUAACGUUAUCUCUUACCGUAAACUUUACUGGUAACGUUAUAUGAGUAUAACGGUAAAUGACCCAAAUAAUAUCGUACAUGACGGUACUGAAGUUAUAACGGUAACCCUGUUUGACAUUAAUAACGAUACCAAUUUUUUAACGGUAAUUCAAGCCCUGCCUUAAAAAGUUCUAAUAGACUAGUAGCAACUCGUCAUAUUCGCUACUCGACAUUUUCGCAUCUUACCCUGUAACAUGGCACGCGGGACUUAUACGUAAGAUUCUAAGUGUCGGGAACCACACGACACAUAAUAAUUAGUUGCGAAAAUGAAAAAUUACCCGUGCAAUGACGAAUUCGCAUUUAUACAUGCAUACAUACAUAACAUCACGCCUGUUUCCCAAUGGGGUAGGCAGAGACUAUGGAUUUAUGACGAGUUGUUACAAUACUAACAUUAAACAUGUCGUAUAAUAUUAUGAUUGUCUUUUGAUAUGUGUAGAUAGAUGUAAGCAAGUCAAAGUAUUCAAUUCAAUUGUGAUAUGACAAUAAAUAAUAUAUUUUGCUUAA